GUGUAUCUAUGGCAGAUAAACCUAUGAAUUUCCUGCUUUGCCUCUCCAAUGGCAUACAUAUAUUAUAUCAUACAUAGAUAUACACAAUCUAAAUUUUCCAAAUCAGCCCAAAGAAACACUGUCUAGUGGAAUGACUGAAACCAUCGCCUGAUCUGAGGGUAAAAUACACCAAAACUCGAAUGUCGACCCACCUUUCCCGAGUCUCAAAAAUUCACAAUUUUCUCGAUCUCUAACCCGAUCCCAAAUCCAACUGAACAGGGAGGCCGGCGGUUAGUUCGGUUAGUUGCCUUAGUCAAAACACGGGUCACGGAUCAGUCCAACCUCCAGUACCUGCCAUCACUUAUUCCAGCAUCGUUAGUUCAACAACCUUCGUCCCGCUAGCUUGACAGCCUAUCGGUCCGCAUCCGCCGUGAACGAAAUGAGUUUGGCUCAAAUUAAAAAGUUCUAUGAAUUGCGGCGAUUGCGGCAAACCCCCUCGCAAAGUCCAGCUCCCACUCAAACGGGCGAUGUUUUUCCCAACAACAACAAUAACAAUGAGAGCCACAAUGACAAGCUCCACGUGAACCCGAACACCGCCACCCCUCCUACGUGGGGUGGUUUCCAAUUUGGGGUCCUGAGUCAAGAUAACCCGUCCUCGCUCAAGAUCUCACCCCCCACCACCCCCACCACCCCCACCUCAAACUCGUUGGAAGUUAUGGAGUGGUCCAACGAGUAUUCCUUGACUCGGAGACAUCCGGAGCCUCAAAGACGGGUUUCCAUUCAAGCUCGAUUAGGGGUGGGCAUCCCAGACACACACCAAGACACGCCCAAAGCCCGGAGCAUUCAUCAGCGCUUAGGUACACGUCAGAGGUUGAAUUUUGAGUCUAGCGCUUGGAAUGAGACCUGGCCCCCCAGCAAGACGCAUCCCAUGGUGGAGGAUGAGAACUUCAUCUCUGUGGUACCCCGAUCGCACCGGAAGAGAUCCCGAGAUGCAAGCGUCGAUUCACCGGGAGAGCGGGCUAAAAAAGAGCGGAGAUCACGCAGAUUUGCCUCGGUCCCACCCAUGAGUGUGGCUUCGAUCGCCCAAGUGAGCCCGAUUCAAGCCAAAGUGGAGGAGAUAAGCGAGUUCAAUGUGGACCAACUAAGCACUCGGGCUGAGCGAUUCUCCAAUGUGCCCGAGUUAAAAAAAAGAGCUUGGCGAUUCUCUGAAGAAGUGGCCUCGGAAUUGGUGGUGGUGAAGGAAGCCAAAAUCAAAAAUAUGAGAUUUGACCGAUUUCGAGAUGAUGUGGAAUCUGAAGAAGAGGAAGAAGAUGGCGAUAAUUAGCUGCUUAUGACUUGGUCCGAUGAUUGAAGUAACUCAAAUUUGUUGCCUACCUUGGUCUGGAAAGAAACCUCUUGUCAAACAUUCGCCGUCUUAGAAGAGUAAAAAAGGCUGGUGCACACACGCCCUUGUGAGCUUGUCUGUAUUGAAGGAAGGAAGGACGGAGGGAGGGGGGGAUCUGUUCAUUGCAUGCCCGUCUGCUUGUCUGCUUGUCUAUUGGUUGUUAUGAAUGGCCUUUUGAUACAAAGCUUUCUCAGCUGGCCUCUUUGUACGAAAGCACUCGUGUGCCGUGGCCAUCGAGUCUGAGUUGACUGUGUGUGUGUGUGUGUGUGUGGGUGGGUAGUCUGCGCACAAGGACCAACCCGAAUCUAGUGAGCUAACGAGCCAAGACAAGUGAAUGGAAAGGCAGUAGAAAGAAGAAGGGUCCUAGAGACCAAGGGAGACUCGUCUCUUCGCUAGUUCCGAGAGGACGAAUAUCGAUCUUGGGAGGGAAACUUCAUCUUCUUGGGCUUUCAGCUCUGUCCUUGACAAGGGCUAAGUCCGUAGGGGAUGACAGAAAAUAUGUCUUGAACUUUAACAUCGAGCGUUUGACCCAGGCUGUCACCAUGUCGAUUUGUGAGAGUGAAGAGAAUCGUAAGAAAUUGGCAUGGUUAGUGCCAGGAUACAUUCUUCUGGCUUGGUUUCUCUGUGUCCUUUUCUCAUCUUCCAUGAAUUUUGAUUACUCUCGUCAAGCCAACUCCUUGACUUCCACCAACUACGAUAUCGUAUACCUCGAUGAAGAUGACUUAGCCGGGAGAUCGGUGUGCCAGAAGAACGGAACAGUGAUCAAGUUGAAUCAUGGGGCUCAAUCUGCAGUGAUCAUUCGUCUUGGGCGACACAACUAUCACUACCGCCCUUUUAAUUGCACCAUUCAAAUCGAGGCUGGACCUUCCUUGGAUGGAAUAUCGGCUGUGGUUGAAUUGAUGGAUCUCCGUGAACAUGAGGAUGACUAUCGCCAACCUGGAGGCCACUGGGGUUCGUCCGUGUGUGUUGAUUACGUUGAGGCCUACACGGACAAAUCGCAAGUUCGCAAUAAGUUGUGCGGGGAAUGGGACGUGUCUACAACAGAACGCCUGAAUAGCCAUGGUCCUAAGCAGACCCUGGUGGGCUAUUGCUAUGAUGAUCGAUCAGGUCAUAGCUGUGAAUCCAAAAGCAUCACUCUCAAGACCGUCAUUGACGCCCGUGGAGAUCUAGCGGGGAAAUUCGGCCUGAAUGAUGAGUCAGAAUGCCCCGUGAAUGGGAUUGCUCAUUGGUCGAUCUCCACUAUGACCUUGUUGAUCGUCAUUUACUUGUCCAUAGUGUUGAUUCUGGUGGUUAUCACGAUGCUCUUACUUAAGUGGCACAAAUCCCUUCGGGCUCCCAUGGAGAUGAUCACGGAAGCCCAAGCCCGACGUCACAAUGGGGACAUCUCCGGGGCCAGUAUGAUCACCACCGGAUUGCCAGAUGGAAGCACUGCCACAGAAGCCCGAAGUGGCACGGUCUCCAUCAUGGUCAUGUAUCGACCCCCCAAGCCGAAUGGUGAAGGCGAGCAGGAAGUCUUUGAGCCUCCUCCCUCCUAUGAAAGUAUUUUUCUGAGGGAUAACCCACCCAACUAUAACAUGCUACGCGUCGAUAUACCGAGUAAUGGCGAAGUCACCACAUCCCAUAACGAUUUGCCUUUACGAGAGAUUCAUCAAGCCAAUGCUUUAGUCAUCCAAUCCGGGUCGGGCUAUGAACCGAUUAGCGCUUCCGAUUCUUCCCCAAUUGCCACUCCUCGGUCUCAUUCGCCCGCUCAAUCUUCCACACCAACACAGCGCACUCCCUCGGGUGAAGUGCCGACCAACGACGAUCACUCCAUUCGUUUGGCGCAAUACAAUGCAACGCCCAAAACAACUCCCACCCUAGCUAGUUCCACUUCUUGUGCAAAUGACUUCAAUCCAGAGAGUGGUCUCAAGUAACUGAACGUCGGUAAUUUAUUCGCAGUAAUUCAUUAAUGAAGCCUACAAGCAAUACAGAAUCUAUUCCUUUUCCAAUUCUAAUUUCAACCAAAGCACAUCUUGAAACGCUUUGAUGAGGUAUGCAAUAGUUCUUGUGUCAGUAUUAAUAUCGGAAUAAAGAUUUCGCCAUGAAGGAUAAA